UUCAUAGAAGGUUUCACGCUGUGGCCAGUAAAGAGCCACAGGACUCAUAGACUUUGAUUGGCGCAGAAGCACCCACAAGUGCAGGCCUGCAUUCUCUUCUAACUUAUUAUUGCACGUGACGACGAUGCAAGUCCCAUGGUCCCAUGAUCACAACGGCGGGCGGGCUGGCGAGGCACUUCACUGUCCGUCGGUGAUGUGUUUCCUGCCCAGCCCUCGCACCAAAAUCAACCCCUCGGUUCGCGCUGAGCCUGCUCCCAUCAAUCCCGCUAGAUUUGACUUGCACAACUAAGGAUUCAGUUCACUCCCCAUUCUGCAAUACGGUGGGAAGUUGAUUCGACUUCGGAAGGGAUUGCGUGAAUUUUGGAUUCGUGCCCUUGCAUUAGGAGGAGACGGAUUCAUCACCAUCGGAAGGGAAGCGAUUGCGGGUCUUGUGUGCUAGGUAAGGCGAUGGCGGGAAAUGGGGUUGAGAAGACGAGUUUGGAAGUUACGGCUAUGAAUUUUGCGUAUCCGGGGAAGCCGCCGUUUAUCAGCAACUUUAACCUGUCACUGCAGCCAGGAUCUCGAUGUCUGCUCAUCGGUGCCAAUGGGGCAGGAAAGACAACUCUCUUGAGGAUUUUAGCUGGGAAGCACAUGGUUGGAGGCAGGGACGUCGUUCGGGUAUUGGGCCGCUCUGCAUUUCAUGAUACUAGUCUGGUAUGCGGCGGUGAGCUCGCGUACCUGGGUGGAUCAUGGAGCCGAACAGUGGGAUGCGCGGGCGAGAUUCCUCUACAAGGAGACUUUUCCGCGGAGUUCAUGAUUUUUGGUGUUGAAGGUGCCAAUCCCGAAAGGAGACAGAAGUUGAUCGAACUACUUGACAUUGACCUCCGCUGGAGAAUGCACAAAGUGUCUGAUGGCCAACGUCGUAGGGUGCAGAUAUGCAUGGGUCUCCUGCAACCAUUUGAGGUUCUGCUACUGGACGAAAUAACGGUGGACUUGGAUGUGGUCGCCCGCUUGGAUCUUCUGGAAUUUUUUAAGGAAGAAUGCGAGCAGAGAGGAGCUUGCAUUGUGUAUGCCACCCACAUCUUCGACGGAUUAGAAACCUGGGCCUCACACAUAGCUUACGUAGAGGAUGGCACGCUAAAACGCGCACAACUGAUGUCAGAAGUGCCAGAGCUGACGGUUGCGAAAACUCUUAUCAAAGUAGUUGAGCCAUGGCUUCGAAGGGAAAGAGAAGAACGAGAGAAGGCAGCGGCAGUCAAGGCUCUUGCACCCCCAGCGCCCAGAGUACAACAGUCGGCUUCCUCCCUGUGGGGAUCAAGUCGUCAUAUGGCGUACUACCGCUGAACAUGUGAGAAUUUCCGGUGACGAAAUCAGGACUUCAGGUUUGUGCCCACACGUCAUGGUGUUAGUUAGUCCACAUUUUUUAUUGUUAUGGGGAACCUCGCCUUCGUCAGAGCUAGUGUUUCUUCAUCAAGCCAUUCAUAUGUUGAUUCUUUGAUCCAGUAGUUGGACAUCUAGGUUUUAGGAUCUGAUUUGUACAUUAGUUUCGCAUUAACACCCAUUUUGGGGCCGGAGACGAGUCUUGGAUAAAAGAGCUUAUGAGCUGGUCAAGUUUAGACUCUUUGCUCGUUUGAUGUAGACCAUACCCAAUUUUUCACAAUGAUUCGAAGAAUAAAGUUUCUACAGCCUGUCAAGAGAAGGUCGGUUGUUUCAUUUGUUUGUCUCUAGAGAGGAUUGAAAAAGGGCUGUACUGCGCCACUUUCUGGAUCAGCGCUUUAGAUAUGAACAG